AGAAAGGUGGAACAUGUGAGGUCAUCAUUUGACGGCUCUUGGACUUGGAGCUGCGAGAGCCCCUUGUUAAAUGCUAAAUUCAAAAUUGGUAGGCUGGAUUUUUGGCAUUUUUCCAAGAUACAGAUGCCACUGUGUGUCUGUGUGUGAAAGAGAGGACCCCCGCAAAUCUCAAAAAUCCAUUCUUUGAUGGCUUUGCACUGUGCCCAUUUCGAUACUUCCUCUUUUUUCUUCACUAUCAUGUGGACGACUCUGUGCGCCACUACCAAUCUUAAGCUCAAACAAUCGAGGUCAAUUCUUGUAUUUGGAAUCCGAUGCAUGCCAAUUUGAUUCCUUUCCAGGUCAGGCUGUAUUUUCUUCUAUUUUGUUGCUGAUUCUGGAUUGAAUGAUUUGUUGUCUCAAUUUUUCAAGUUUUGGUUCGAAUCGCUCAUUGGGUUUCUGUGAUUUUCUUGAUCUUGCACAUUCAGUCGGAUUUAGUUUUGUAUUAAGCGAGGAAAUUUCAGGGUUUGGGGGUAGAUAGUUGAAGUGUAGUAUGUCGCCUGAUCUCUGUGUGUCAGGCAUGCUUUUGGCUUUGCCUGAUGAUAUAUUUUCUGUAAUCACAAACUCCCUCUCUCCAAGGGAUGUGUGCAGUCUUGGUCUGAGCUGUCGAGAUCUCCAUGUCGCUGUAGGCUCUGAUAAAGUAUGGCUAUCACAAUGUGAUAAGUUGGGGCUGGUUCCCUGUAGUACCCUUAUUGAGUGGAGAAAGGGCGUGUGUUCGUACAUGGCUCUUUGCCGGUUCUUGGUGAAUGUUCGUCCACUGAUUGGGAUUUGGGUUCACCAAAAUCCCGAGCUUGGCAAUGUGCUUUAUGUUAUGCCCGGUUUUUGUUCGCUUGUUGGGUGCCGGAUAAUCCCUCAGGAGGUAGGUCCUUUGGGUCUUGAAGAUGGUCCUAUUUUGUGGACACCUGUGUUGGAAAUUAUUUGCAAUUACGAGGGAACCCCGGCAUUCCUUUUACAUGGGAGGGAACGAGGAGUUGAUUAUGUUUAUCCUGGCUUGCUAAGAUCAGUUGAUAGGAAUUGUAAUGUGCUUUUGCUUGAGGUGGAGCCUAGGCAUCAAAGAAGUGGAGGAAAAUUGGCGUACAGUAAGAGCUUUGCGCGUGAAGUAGACAGGGAGGUAGCAAGUAGGUUAUCUAGAUCGGACAGUGGGAUUUCUAAGUCACAGAGAGUAGCUGGGCAGAAAGGCACUGGAUUACCUUUUAGUCGUUUGGGAUUUGGUGAUAGGAGAAGACUCCUUGAUCUUGUUACUAGCCAAGUCCGUCAAGUUGUUCCUGAGACAGCAAAUUUGCUCUUGUUUCCUCGCUCGAGAAAUAAUGAGGUUGAUUUGCAAAAGGAUAUAGCAGUCUUAUAUGAAAGGAGAUUGUUGCUUUUGCAAAUGUAUAAGUGUGGUGGUGGGAAUCAUGAUCUUAGGUCUGAUUCGGAACUGCCUUUAAAUCCUACCGAAAUAGGAACAAGUGAGGUAUGCAAGAGUCUCGACUGUCCAAGUGGUUAUCAUGCUUCACAAGGAGGAGAUGGGGAUCAAGCUCAUUGCCCUAAGGGUAAGACGCUUUCUGGAUUUCUGAAGAAUGGUCUUAAACAGAUACUAGGGAAAUCAAGUUCAACAAAUGGUAAUCGUGAAGUUCAGAAAAAGAUUGCUUCCAGUGGCGAGAGUAAGCAUUUACAACUUCAUGAAUUUCUGAGAUCGGGUCAUACAAUAGGAUUGAGCUUGCGUGCUACAUCCAUGAAAUUAUCUUCAUAUAGAGCAUGGCCUAAUAUGCAUGAUAGUCGAUUUGCUCUCUAUAAGUUGCCUUUACGGGCUCCAAAAGCAAGCCACGAAUAUGCUGGUUUAUGGGGAGGCACUUUUGGUUGGCCUCCUGGGAUUCCGUCUGAAGACAAGCCUGGGAAAGCUCUUUUCUUUAUUUUGAUCUCUUAUGAAGAAUCUGAAGGUCAGCAACUGCUAAUUGCUACCAAGAUAUUAGAAGGUACAUCCUAUGUCUUGCAUCCUAAUGGCUCAGCUAUGUUUAUAGUGAACACAGCUCAGCCAUCGACAGAUACAUUCCCUUGGGAUACUGAUGAAGACUCCAAUCAUAUUGAUGUUAAGCAGUCUUUUGUGGGAGAAGGUAUUGCAAAUGGGUAUGGGUUCAGAUAUCCGGGUUCUAAGCCUGGUUCACUCUUUGUUAUUCAAAAUGGGUUACUUGUUUUUAUAUGGAAGGAGUCUCGGGCAGUGUUGACCUUGCAAAGGCUCAACUUGUCUGAUCUUCUAGGGAAAGGAGAAAGGGUUCCUUCUCUGUCACCAAUCUCCAACUUCGCGUAUCUGACCAAGACAUACUCAAAUGUAUAUUCUGGAUUCUCAAAUUCCUCAAAUGCACUAGCCUCUCCAAGGCAUAACUAUAUAUAAAGAACAACCUCUAGCAUGCAAGCCCUACGAUAUUCAGCUGCUCUGGCUGUUUGAUGGAUUGGGACAGUGAUCAACGUAAGUUUUGGACGAUUAGUUUCGUCUUCUGCUAAACCAACAGAAGAGUUCCCUCGCCCUGACGCCAGAGGUUUGACACAUAUUUCCAACUCUAGUUAUUAUGAUACGAUGAUUGAAUCAGAAAAUAAGCCAAGGUAUAAACUGGGCAUUUGGAAAUGUAAAUUGUGAUGUCUUAGCAACAAGGCUUUUUACCAGAAAAUAUUAAAUUAUUUGAGCAAUGAUAAAGUUCAUUCAUCCUCUUCUUUUAGGGGGCAGUUCGAUACGAACUAAAACACUCUGUAAUUGUGAAGUUGUGAUUGUGUGAUUCAUUAAGGUGAAGUGAUUUGUACAGAAU